GCACCACACUACGCUAUGUUAGGCGAGGUACAGCUGCCUCGCCACGCAAAAAAACGCCACGGGUGCGGCGCUCGAUUUGGCCGCCACACCCAAAUCGCGCCACAGCUCGGUCUCCUCCCUCCUCCCGUCCGCGCCGCCCAGGUAUUUUUCCAACAAGGCAGUCAUCUUCUGCUUCGAGGAAUCCGAAUUAAGACGAAGUUUAGCGUGAUGUCUUUCCUGAGAUUGUUACCUCAAAGACUACCCCGAAUUUUCAGGCAGGUAGAGCAGGAUGUUGAGACUGUAAUCCAUGUUCUCCAGCCAGGUCCAAUUGGGAUCGUGGAGCACAAAUUCACAGACGUGGAGAUCCUGGAGGCUAGGGCCACAGUAAAAAGAGCAGUAGAUAAUUGGCAAAGGAACUGGACCCUUGAGAGAAAUCUUGGCAGUGCUUCUUUUGAUAAAUGGAAGAAGUAAUAUACCCCUCAUGACUCGCAGCUGCAGUACUUGAAAUAGUAGGGUGCCAUGGCUGGCUGCAACCUUUCCCAUUCAAUAGUUGCUUUGUUUUCUCCCUUGAUGAAUUCCUGGAAAUGUGGUGCAGUUCAUGUCCUACCUGUGACUGUGACAUGUUGCUGUGAACAAGGUUUGCUUAUCGAGAGUUCUGUAAAUUGUUCUAAUCUGUGAAACUCUGCUGUAGCUCUAUGAUGUCUGUCUGUACUUCAUGGCUUGAAAGUGAUCCGAGCCAGAUUCAAUAGCUUGUUUGGAAAGAUUUCUUUUUC